AUGGUGAAGGUUGUUGCUGUCUUGGGUAACAGUGAGGAUGUUAAGGGCACAAUUGACUUCGUCGAGGAAGGAGAUGGUCCAACCACCGUCACCGGAUCCAUCACUAGCCUCAAGCCUGGGCUUCAUGGCUUCCAUGUGCAUGCUCUUGGAGACACCAUCAAUGGAUGCAUGUCAACUGGGCCUCAUUUUAAUCCUGCUGGAAAGGAACAUGGUGCUCCUCAAGAUGAAAAUCGACAUGCUGGUGAUCUAGGCAAUGCCACUGCUGGCGAGGAUGGUAAGUUGCUUUAUCAUCAGCUCAUGAUGAUACUGAUUGGUUGUAAGUUUAGUGAUACUAUUCCUGUUGAACUAGGUAAUCUAUCCUAG